AUGGAAGUCGCCGAAAGUACAGAGCCCGUGGCGGUGGGUGCGCCACCUGGGGUGGACACUACCAUCGCCAAUGGCGAGCAGAGCCUUCUCCUAGACGACUCAAUCAUGGAUGACGACCGAUCGAGUAGUCUUAGCGAGAUCGAUGAUGUAUCCGAAAACAUACCAUCUGAUUAUGAGUCUCCCAGGCCCGAGCCCGAGAAAGUGGCACCGGAGAAUGACUCGGAAGCUGAAACAGAGCGCAUUGAGGACUCCCCAAAUUUCCGGUCCAAGACAAACAUAAUCGUCAGUGCAGCUGGCUAUGAGCCGAGUCCCAGCAAGUUGGCUCAGUCGACGACGUAUGAUGAGGUGGAAGACGAAGAGGAGCAUGUCGCAGACGACUCACCCAGCAAGCCUCGCGCAAGACUCACCCGUAUCACUGAUGUGGUGGAUGAGACUUCUGGACCAGAGGACUCUACUUUAUCCAUGGAAGGUGCUGGAAAAAAACGCAAACGCUUGGAGUCCGGCGCCGAGUUAGGUACCGAAAUCGACGACGAUGACCUACCGUCACAGAAGCGUCGUGGCUCAGUGAAGAGUGAUUUGAGCGAUCCCCCUCCGGAUUUUAGCGCGUUAAGCCCCGAGCCCAUGGAAGAUCCUUCCAAAAUCAUUGAAGAAGAUACCCCGGCAGACGAGACACCUGAGUUAACCUCGCAUGCUGCUCCGACAAAACUCAAAAGGGCAAAGAAGGGUAAGCGGAAAGGACGGAAAGCCAGAGAUGCAGAUGAAGAUUUGGAGAAUGGCACCGGUGAUUUAGGCGUGGAAGCGGACGAUAACAUUGGAGAUGAUGACACUGCUGAGCGCGGUGACGAUGUGGAUGACGGUGAAGCUGCCGCUAAAAUGGAAGAGGAGUCAAAGCGAAUGGCUGCCAUGGAUUCAUUGGCAAUAUUAGAACGAGAAUUCGCAACUUUGCGCGACAAAAUAUAUGACGAGAGAAUUUCUAAAUUGAACCGGGAAUUAGAAAUGUUGGAUGGUCCCAAUCCAACCCACCCUGAAUUUCUGCGACAGCUCGACUGUCUUGCCCGCUACAGAGACUCCAAGAUCAAAUAUGAGCACACCCUGUUCCAAUAUCGAAAUGAGGCGCUGCUUAACAAGAGCCUGGCUGAACGAGCGCAAGCACACAGUACAUAUUUCCAGCGGGCUCGGGACAUUCGCGAAAAGCAUUCUAGUAUGAUCAGCAAACAAUUUUACUCUAUACAGCACGAUCGAUUCAAGACAGACGACGUCAGUCCACAGCACAAUAUUCCUUUCCCGACGCGGCGAUCACAGCAAAUUGCGCACCAAACAGCGUAUAAUCAUGAGAUUUCGAUCAUGGCUGGAAUUGCGAAAUACGUUGGUUUUCCGGCAGCGCCUGCGUUGUCUGCGGCGCGACCUUCAGAGCUGGAACAAGAUCUGGAAAAGAUGGGCAUCUCUAUCGAGACGAAACCUCCAGUCAUUCAACAGCAGACCACGCUACCCCGUGGAACUAUGCCAGCCAUGCCAUUGAGCGUCUUCCGUACUUCUGCAGAAGAGGCUUUCUUGGAACAGACUCCGUGGGCUAACCCGCAACAUCCUAUUCAUCAACACCAGCAACUGUCACAGAGACCCCAGAACCGAAUUCAUGAGAACCCCCGGGCUCCUGCAUACACCACCCCUGCAGCUCAAAAACGAGUGGUUGAUAUUCACGCACCCAACGGCUCGGCCUCCACUAUAGCGGAGAAUUCAUCGGCUAAUAACACUCCGUUCGACCAGGAACAAGCUCCAUCGAAUCUUGGUCAUUUCGUCAACCCCGAUUACGAUGCAGACCGGAGGUCUGGAUUCCGGUCUUUGAGCUCCUCCCCGCUCGACGUGCGAAAACCGCACCCCGCCUCCUACAAUGCUUAUGAUCACCGUUCUCCUCAAGGCACCUCUCAUCAUCCUGUCUACUCUCCUCCGUCGGCCCGGCUGGGCCUAUUCCAGUCGGCCUCGUCCAAACGCGAACCAUCCCCCACUCUGUCCUCCCGAGCCGUCAAUUCUAUACAUCAAUCGGCAAGUAUUCUAGGCGGCUCUGGCUCUAAUCAGAUGGUCGCUCGAUGA